UUUAGGGCCAUUAAUUCUGACCACGUGCCUGAGAGGCAAGGUGGAUGGCCCUGGGACAGAGGCAGCUCAUCACUAUGUCCCGGGGAGCAGGACGUCUGCAGGGCACGCUACGGGCUCUCAUCUUCCUCGGCGUCCUCGUGGGCAUGGUGGUGCCCUCUCCUGCGGGCUCCCGCGCCAACAGCACUCUGCUGGCUUCGAGGGGCUGGGGCACCCUGCUGUCCAGGUCUCGGGCUGGGCUGGCUGGAGAGAUUGCCGGCGUGAACUGGGAAAGUGGCUAUUUGGUGGGGAUCAAGCGGCAGCGGAGGCUCUACUGCAACGUGGGCAUCGGCUUCCACCUCCAGGUGCCCCCCGACGGCCGGAUCAGUGGCACCCACGAGGAGAACCCCUACAGCCUGCUGGAGAUUUCCACAGUGGAGCGAGGCGUGGUGAGUCUCUUUGGGGUGAAAAGCGCCCUCUUCGUUGCCAUGAACAGUAAAGGAAGAUUAUACACCACGCCCAGCUUCCAAGAGGAGUGCAAAUUCAGAGAGACCCUCCUGCCCAACAAUUACAACGCCUAUGAGUCAGACCUGUACCGAGGCACCUACAUCGCACUGAGCAAAUACGGACGGGUGAAGCGGGGCAGCAAGGUGUCCCCGACCAUGACCGUCACUCACUUCCUCCCCAGGAUGUAAGGACCCUGAAGGAAGGCUCACAGGUGGAAAGCAAUGUCUUUUCUGUUGGAAUUUUGCACAAGUGAACAAUUCCCCCCUCCCCCCAUGCCCCCCUAUUCGGGCUCCUUUUAUGCUUGGGGGGACCUGAGUCGGUUCCCUUGGCCACCGGACCCCAUGACACGUGACCCACCCAAGCGAGGGGUUGCAGCCGGCAUCCUAGAAUGGCAAUGGAUCCCAUGCUCUGACCUCAUCUGAGGAAAGACGGUCCAGAGACACUUGGGGGGUGGGACCUGGACACAGGAAAAGGCAGGGAGGAAGCCUGUGUGUGUACUGAUGUAUAUCUAUACAUCUUGGCAUAUAUCGUCAGAACCAAGGCAUCUCGGAACAGCAGGCUUCUUCCUCCCGGGGUCAUCGCUUCAGGAAUCUGCCUACAGGAAUGUCACCUGUCAACCCAGCAGGAUUGACACGUGCUCCCAUUCUGCCUCUUUCCAAUCACCCUUCCAUUCAGAGGCCACUGACUGCGCGGGUUGCAUGGAGGUGGGGGCAGCAGCUGUCCUCUAAGUGCAGGGAGGGCAGGGUGACAGGCAGUAAGAUUUAGCUGCUGACCAGAAAGAGUGGGCAGGUACUCCGGGCAUCCUGCAUGUGAGGGCUCUGGGGACACUGGGACACAUUGUCAGGGAGGCUGGGGGAGAAGGGAUCCCCCUCUUGGAGGAAAGGGUAGAGCAGCGUCUCUGGCAGCGGGGGGGAAACCUGCUCGAAGCAGCGGGAGAGACUGAGUGUUCUAGAGAGAGCCUUUCUGCCUGGAAGUCAGUGCUGCGCGUAGCUCGAGAACAAGCUGGGGCCAGGCUGCCUGCCCAUAAUUUUUCCUCACCUUGAACCAGGUCUUAUUUUAACCUCAGAUGACAGGGAUCCUAAUAAUGGCAACCUCUUUGGCGAGGGGUGAGGGGGUACAAAAUAGGCCACGAAGGAAGUAGAGAGGCUUUGGCCUACAGAUGCUAAUUCCUCUCCAGCAACGUCCAGGAAACUCACCCAAGUUCUCAUCUGAUACUCUCACUUCCUUCUCGGGCGUCCUCUGCCACAUGCGCUGGUGCCUGGGUGCAGCGGAAUCGGGCAUCGUGACCUCCGUGCCUGGGUGCAGCGGAAUCGGGCAUCGUGACCUCCGGAGUUUGCCCCCUCUGACCCCCCUACAGUAGGAGAGGAGUGAUAAUCCCGUGAAACAGAGCAGCCAAGCUGAAGCAGCUCCUUGCCGUACGAUGCCUCCUUGCCUCCUGUCCUUUGAGAGUAUUUAAAGAAGAGGUGCCCCAAGCGACUAUAAAUGUUGUCCUCCUGGAGCCUUCAGAUUCCUGAACCAUUGGAACGUUCCUAAACCUGAAACCAGAGAGACCCAUAUCAGAGCACAGAUAUUUUCAGUGUCUGUGGCUUUGCAGAAUGAGCUGACACCCUCUGCGACUCUCGGGGGCCCCAGCCUGCGAGACAAGCCUUCAUCUGCUGCAAAUACCUUCUCCUUUGACAUACCUGUCCAUUUGCAGAGGUGGCCAUCUACAGAUUCACCUGAGAUGAGCUGAGGAUAGAGGUUGGAGAUCCAAGGAAGAGACACCCUACUGGCUGCCUUCUCUGCCUGGCACAUAUCAGGGCAGGUACAUGCUGGGGGAGGAAGAAAAGGCUGCACCAAGGCGGGCGAAGAUGGAGCGGACAGUAAGAGCUCAGGACGAGAGUGGUCGAAACUUGGAUAGAAACUGGACCGAGUUGAGGUCUUGGUCAAGCAGAAGGGGGAGAAAAUUGGUCCAUCUUGACUGUUCAGAAUAUUUCAAGUGUAGGUCUGCUUGGAGGCAGGGGACAAAGCUGAUUGUUUUUCAGGAGGUCUUGUCCUGAGUAACUGGUCUUUUUUAACAGGGUACCUCAGAAACAGAUGCACUCAGGACCUGAGCUGCAUGUCAGUUCCAGAUGAGACGUGGUGGGCGUGUAGGAGGGCUGGGUGGACGGAUGGACCGCGAUCUGGAGAGGAGAAGAAAGUCGCAGGUCCCAAACCAUUCGUUCCCUUCUUCCCAGGUCUUGAGCUCCCUUGCAGGAGGGACUCUUCUAAAGAGAGUCGAGAGCCUCCGGAUGGUUAGAUCUUUCCUGCAACUCCCUAAAGGCUUAUAAAAGUGUCCAAAUCCUGACCAGGAGUUUCCCCAAAUGUCCACUCCCAUCUCUCGUGUUAGGAGUGAGAAUGAGAAACUCUGAAAUCCCAAAGCCAGCCAGGCUUGAUACCCGUCGCUCUAGCAUACGGGUUGUCUAAGGUUGGCAUCGCUAUGGGCAGCUGGACGUCUGUUCUCACUGGUACCAGGGCCCGUGCUGUACCAGUGGUUCCAUACUUUGAAGAUCACCUCUGGAGGUAGGGAUGCAUCACUGACUGUUUCAAAUCCUUCCCAUCCAAAGGAAUUCUCCCAAGGGCUUUCUCUUUGACCUGUGAGUGACUUAGACUUAGGGAAAGUCAAUCCCCAUCCACAGAAGUGGGUUACGGGGCAGGAACAGAGUGACAUCAGCACAGGUGUGCAGAAUCCUCUCCUAGCUGAUCCCCAUCUGAGUUCUGAACUCACCUGUCUGCCCCAUCGGACCCAAAAGGCUGCAGAAGAGGUGGCAGAAGCAGGAGAACAGGGGUGUCCCCACCUUCCCGCUGAGGAUGUACUAAGAAUGACUUGGGUCCUCCCUCCCUCCCCCAGAUCCUGAGCUUUGACCCUGGUUCAUAGAGUUUUGUAGAUAACUGGCCUCUCUUCCUUCCUGAACCUUCUCUAGCAGCUCCAUGCAAAGGUGGGGCUCCAGGAGCCUAGAGGCUGCCUUAUUCCCUCUUCAAGAGCAAACGAUGAAGAAGAGAGCAACACACGUGCACCCCUUGGAGAUGGCUUCCCAGCUGGGACGAGGUUAGCUCAGAACAAACUGGGGGCCAGGACCACAAAGAAUCGGCACCCUCCUCGCGGGGCCAUGGAUAGAGCUCAGAGGAAACCAGAAAAUGCCCUUCUAGGUCCUGCUGUUGACUACAGUGACCAUUUGCUGCCUUCUAAGCCCUUCCCUCCCUUCUUCCCAGAUGGGUUUGCACCUCCCUGGGAAAGCAGCUUAUAGCUUUGUGAUGGAUACCCUGCGGUUCUCCUUCACAGCCUCCUCUCCGCCCCCAUGUCCCCUGCACCUCCUGCACACAUAGCCCAAGCCCCUGGUCAGAGCCGUUCUAUGGCUUAAGAAAAAGGGGAUUUUCUCCUUCCUCCAUCCAGGCUGUAAACCUCUCUCCUUUAGACGCACUGCUUUCUCCCCAGGCCUGGAAUUCUCUUCCAGCCCCGUCCGACCCGGAACAGCUGGGAUUCUCCCGCCCAGGCUGGCUCUGGUCCUCUCUUGUCCAGGAUCUCGGAUCUUUCACAUUCUGAUCCUACAAGAGUCCUGGGGGAGUAAGGAAACACAAAAGGCCGUGAGCUGUCGGUCUCCUUCUCCCCGGGGUUGGACGUCCAUUGCCUCGGCCCACUUUGCACCACAGCCACUAGUACAAACCAAAUGCGUCUGGCCUCCAAGAUACCGGGAUGUCCUCUCUGCCCUCCCUUUCCUUUUUUGCCCCUUUUCAGUGGACACAAGCUAGAAAACUCCUACAUAUUUCUAUCCCAAUGCUUUCCCCCAAGGGCUCUGUGCCUGUUGCCACAGAGAAGGUAUUCUCUGCCACCCGCCACUCAUGCACCUGUGAAGUGGGUCUCUAAUACUUGCCGCCCACCUCUCCUCCCAGCAAGAACCCAGCCACUCGUUCUGCUACCUCCCAGGAAAACUCCAAUUGUAGGAAUGUUUGGGUCAGGGCCGGAAGGAUGGAUAGAAACACUUCAACCUGCACUUGCCCCUCAGCUGGUGUUUGCUCUUCCCAGGACAGGAGGGAGGGGUAAUUAUGCCCAGAACAUCCCGAAUCUAGUCCAUCCUGUGGAUAGCUAACACAGACCCACGUUUGGAUACCUCAUGAACUACCAAAAUUCCACCAUCCGGACAGCUGCAUCUUCGCGCGGGUUUCCCUUUCUGGAAAUCCAUCAGUACCUCAGACUGGGUCCCAGGGCAGAGCUGUCCUCAAGCUCGGGUCUAGUGGGUAGGAAAACUCAGACUGUGUUCAGUCAUGUGUUUGUAAGAUGUGAGGCUUCUAUUUUUUUAAUAUGUAUGUGCUGUGCACAAACCAUAUCCUGUUCCAGCAAAAAAGGAAAAGCUCUUUUUAUACGUUCCUCUAAACUGUUUGACUUCACCCCUCCUAUUAAAACCGACAACGAAUCUCUG